AUGGGCGCCAGCGAUUCGAAGCUUGUCUUCAAGAAAGGCAUAUUUCGGCUUUCUGAAGAACGACACAUCCCUGCCGAUGACCCCUACUGGACUUCUUUCUGGGAACUUCCCGAAUCGUCAGAGGAUAUCUUCAGCCUCUUCGCCCCCGCCGACAUUCGUCGUACGAGAGACAAAGCCCUCGAGAACCUAGAAACCCUGAUACUCGCAUUAACAUCUCGGCUGUUUAUCUUGCGCCACCACCCAUCCUUUCCCGAUCCCGAAUUCGCUCCCGAACGAGAUGCUCUCAACUGCAUCCGCGUCCUAACACGCAUCCUGCCCUUCGUCUACGAGGCGGACAACCUUCAAUCAUGGGAGGAAACUUUCUUCUGGGGUGCGCGAAGGAAGAGGACGAGACAAUCGGCUAUCGCCAACGAGGUGCUAUUUGAUGGGGCCCAGGAUGGCCAGCGGCCGCCCAAGAACGUUACCGAAGACUUCGAAGAUGCCAAACCCCUCGCCGAGGAGCUUAUCGACACCUUGGUCGAUCUGCUGUUCUUUUCCGACCUCACUCUGCCCAGGCAGCCCCCUGGACGGCCGAAAGUCACCUAUGCCAUUUGGCAGAGCGGUGUUGGAUGCAACACAUCAGUGGCUACGACAAAGGAAUACGAGAGCAAUCGAAGCGAGAUACUCCGUCUGCUGCUGACCAUGACGAGUCAAAGCAUGUAUAUGUCGCCGAACACGCUUCCGCAAAAGGGAGUUCGAGCCCUGACGCACAUCUGCACAUGUCCCGACAAACAGGUUGUGUUGUCGGUUUUGUGCUCGUUGCUGAAUACUACCCUGAAGUACAACCCUGCCACUUGGCGUGUACCGUACAAUACCUUGGUUUUCAAGGACGAGAAACAGAUUCUAGUAACAUACACUCUACAGCUUCUGCUGGUAUUUCUCCUAUACCCAAUUCCCGAGCAGAACGGCACCACUUCGAAGAACUACUACCGUCACUUCCUCGGGAGACUACAUCGGCCCCAGGACUUCCAGUUCAUUGUUGACGGCAUGACGCGGAUCCUCAACCAGCCGCUGCAGGAAAAGAGCUCGUAUAUCCCUAGUGGACAGACAACAUCAAAGUUUGCUCCCGAAAUCAUUAUGCUAUUUUGGGAGAUCACCCAAUGCAACAAGAGGUUUAGGUCUUUCAUUAUCGACACUGAGCGGGUCCACGACUUCCUCGUCCUCACUCUGUUCUACGCCUUGGAGUACAAGAAUGAUGUAUCCAAGCAAGGUGUCGUGAGAAUGUGUGCCUUCUUACUUCAGACGCUGAGCGUCGAAGCGAACUUUGGCGCCAACCUGAACCGGGUUUUUGAAGGGCAAGACAGUCUGCCUAUGACUAUCAGGAUACCUGGCUUCAGUGGAACAUAUGCCGAUUUCCUGAUUCAUUCCAUCUACAGUCUCAUCACCACAAGCCAAGGUAGGCUCAACGCCAUUUACCCGGCUCUUCUGGCCGUGAUCAACAACAUUGCGCCCUACCUUGAAGGCCUGAGCUCUGCAUCUGCGUUGAAGCUCAUGCAAUUGUUCACGUCCAUGUCUUCACCCUCUUUUCUACUCGCCAAUGAUAGCAACCACGACUUGCUUAGGUCAUUGUUGGAGUCGAUCAACUCCAUUGUUGAACACCAAUACCAAAGAAACCCAGAAUUGAUAUAUGCGAUUCUGCGCAAUAAAAAACGCAUCGAAGCGUUACGGACAUUUACACUUGAGAGCGGCCAGGAGGAGAUUGAAAGACGAAACCGUCGCCGCAAGGAAUCCGCUGCCCAUGGCGAUGGGCUCGAACCCAGUUCGGUGAGAAGCUCGGUUGAGAGCAUCCGCAGUCCAACGACAUCACACCCUCGGCCGCCUACGUUGAGUGAUGUCCCGGAGGAAGAUGGCACUUUUGCCAUUGGGGACGACGAGGACGAUAGCGACGAUGACGAUCACCGUCCAACCCCAGCGCAAUCAACGACGAGUGAGAAUCCGUCCAUUGCGUCGUCGCAAGCAUCAGUUGUAGAGGAUGCGGUACCAACACAGCUGCGAGGCAUGUCGGAGAAGGCCAGAGGCAAGAUGCCUGUUGGCAUGAGCAACUUCUCCAGGCAGAACAGUACCACGAGCCUGGGCGGAUACUCCACUAGUGGGCAGUCUCAGUCCGGCGCCUUUGAGCCAACGGCUCAUUGGAUCGAAAGCUGGCUUCCAGAGCUUCCUCUUCACACCAUUCUCACUGUAAUUCAGCAAGUGUCGGCUCUCUUGCCCAGGCAAGCACUCGCUGGGGAGUUCGCAACCCGAGAGACACUUAUGAAGAUUCAAGAGAUUAAACUUGUGGGUAUAGACCCGACGCCGCCACGGGUGCACUCCUUCGAGUGGUCACAGUUGUCUCUAGGCUGGUAUGAGUCUCUCCUGUGGGGCUUUGUGUUCACCAGCGAACUCCAGAUUUCCAAGGGUACGGUCGGGAUUUGGAACGGUACGGCGAUCAAGUUGUUCCGCGUCCAGGAAACUGCACCGCAGGGGCCAAGCUUGGCAUCACCGAGAGGAGCCGUUGACGCUGUGGGAAGCAACAUCGUGUCUCGAAUCGGUGCGAUGAACUUGCGUGGAGGUCCAGGAGGUGCGCCUCCAGCUGUACCUCAGCGCCCUGGAUGA